GUUUGUACACAAAUAGCGUUCGUCACACAUAUGGCAACAAAUGUUACGCAAUGUAUGAUAACAUAGAGUCGAUUGAAUAGACGCCCAAAACAUUGUGGACUGUAUUGCAGUGCCAUAUGAGACACAUGUCCAUCAGUGCCACUAUUCAUGCAUUACUUUCACCCUAUUUCACUCAUACAUCCAUUAGUGUAUUCACAGUGCGUCCAUCAUAAUAGUGCCUAAUAUAGUGGUCAAACACUAUGACAGUAGUUUGAUAUAUACAAAUGAUCUAGUACAGUUCAGUUGAGUAGAGUGCAUAACAUUGUUGAUGAUGUCGGGGUCAUACGAGUCGGAUGAGUGCGGGGCCGACACGUCCAACCAAAUGAUGAGCAAACUGUUGCCAAUACUGCUAUAUAUCCGCAAUUAUAAUGAGUAUAAUCGCCACAAACCCACGGAAUCCAUGACUACUGCCAACAAAGUGCCCAAUGGUUCACAACCUAUGCAAUCAUAUUACGAGGCGGAGGCAUCUCUGGCCGCCCGACGCCGGGCCAGGGCUGAGGCCCGAGCCAUACGACUGAAAGAAUGGGAAAAGAGGCGAAACGAGUCGACCACAGAAACAGCCGGAUAUUCCCGAAGAAGGAGCGAUGACUCGCUCGGUGACCAACUGGCAGACGGCCGACAAUAUCGGCGUCGGUCACGGGAAUCGGUGGCGAAUGACGAGAAAUCUGAUACCGAAUCGAUGGCUAAUGGCGUUCAGUCGGACUCUGAGCGGCAAUCGCUGUUUCUUGCGGUCCAGACAUACAAAGAUGACUUAGAAGAGCUCGAAGAGAACAUCAUUCGCUGUCAAAAGGACUAUAAAGACAAGUGUCAGUCUUUUGAUGAAAUGAACGCAGAGUUUAAGAAAUUAGAAGAAGAGUGCGAUUAUUAUAACCAACGGUUGCGGCAAAGGGAACGACUCAUUGAGGAGGCGGGUUUAGUGCCGAUAGAGUGGGACGAGUGGCGCGACGGGCACCGGGCGGACAGCGAUCGCAACCCACGGGCGCCAAACGGACUGAACGGCCAUUCGAGUGAAUCAAUUAGCGGCCCGUCAUUGGUGUCCCGAGAGGUGGCUCUUUUGCUGGCUGACGUGGAAGGGCGUCGGUCGCGGGAAUCGGUGGCGAAUGACGAGAAAUCUGAUACCGAAUCGAUGGCUAAUGGCGUUCAGUCGGACUCUGAGCGGCAAUCGCUGUUUCUUGCGGUCCAGACAUACAAAGAUGACUUGGAAGAGCUCGAAGAGAACAUCAUUCGCUGUCAAAAGGACUAUAAAGACAAGUGUCAGUCUUUUGACGAAAUGAACGCAGAGUUUAAGAAAUUAGAAGAAGAGUGCGAUUAUUAUAACCAACGGUUGCGGCAAAGGGAACGACUCAUUUCGGAGGCGGGUUUAGUGCCGAUAGAGUGGGACGAGUGGCGCGAUGGGCACCGGGCGGACAGCGAUCGCAACCCACGGGCGCCAAACGGACUGAACGGCCAUUCGAGUGAAUCAAUUAGCGGCCCGUCAUUGGUGUCCCGAGAGGUGGCUCUUUUGCUGGCUGACGUGGAAGGGGUCUCAUUGACCGCCAAAAUUGAUGCCUUAUUGAAUGGUCGCCAGAGUUUGGCGCAAGAGAUGGCGUCUUUGACGGCCGAACUCGACGAUGAGAGACAGAGGACCGCCGAUUGCGAGGCAUUGAUUGCGGCGUCGAGUGACGGCUCAAACACCGCUCUCAAUGAGGAGUCAAAUCGUGAGGCCAACAAAGUGGUCGCCGAUUAUAAGUUAAAAGUCAUGAAACGAGAGCAAGAGAUCAGUGUUUUGACCGGAAAUGUGAGCCGACUUGAGACCCAACUGUCGAGGUAUAAGACGGCCGCCGAUGAGGCCCAGGAGUUGGAGGACGAGCUGAAGGCCGAGAAACGCAAAACGCAAAGAGAGUUGAGGGAAGCGUUGGCCAGAAUCGAAGAAUUGGAGACAUCAGGCGCUCACUUACAGAAACGAAUCGACAAACUCAUGACAAACCGCAAUAUUAGCGCUAAUAAAGCACCAAAUGAUGACUGAUUUAGGGUUUUCUUAAAUAUAUUUCUUAUAAGCAAAUAUAUACGCAAAUAAUGUUCAUUUUAACUCUGCUUUAAUAUGACCGGCAAUUUCAAUUAAGCUGCAUUCAUAAAUACCGGGCAAAGGGUGUAAACAUCUUGUCUUGUUGUUUAUAUAAUUAAUUUAUAUAAAUAAUUUCUGUAUGAAUUAAAUUAAGCGAACAAAUUUUUGUAAUUAAAUAUUAAUUUAAAUUAAACAUA